CGCAUGCGCAGACAGCUGGGCGGGGCGUGCCCGGCGCCUGCGCACUGCUCGCCGCGGGUCCCGAAUACAAGAUGGCGGCGGCAGCUGCCAGCGUGAGGCAGCAAGCGGAUGGCCGCGGGAAGCGGAGCGGCCCCGGGCUCCCCCAGGCCUCGGUCCCGCGCGCAGCCCCGCGGAUGGGCUAGCAGAGCCCCAAGUCAGUAUGAGGCCGAAGAAAGCUGCGAGGCAAACUUCAGUUGUGAGUAGCCCCGGCUAGCUGGAUUCCAUCGUCACCCAGGUGGACUGCAGCUGCUGCUGGAGGCUCCCUUUCUACUUGUAGCAGAAACACAGUGGCCGGUGGAAGCCAACCAAGGAAGCUCCUUCCACUUUCAGGACCUGUGGCCUUCCCUAUCACAGAGCCAGUCCCCUUGCCAAUGUUGAGAAAUGGCCAAUGAGAACCACGGCAACUCCAGGGAGGAAGCUGCCCUGAUGAGCCACUCUCCCGGCACCUCCCACCAGAACCAGCCGAGCUCCCCCAGGCCUGUCCGGCUGGUGCAGGAUUUGCCAGAUGAGCUGGUGCAGGCUGGCUGGGAGAAGUGCUGGAGCAAGCGGGAGAACCGCCCUUACUACUUCAACCGCUUCACCAACCAGUCGCUCUGGGAGAUGCCACUUCUAGGGCAACACGACGUCAUUUCUGACCCUCUGGGUCUGAAUGCAGCUCCAGUGCCUGCAGAAGCGGGAGUUGGCGAUGCUGCUGCUGCUGCUGCUGAAAACAAGAUGCGGAAACGGAGACUUUCUGAGGAAGUCCAGCCCAGUGGCAACAGCGUGAAGAAGCCCAAGGGGGAUGUGCCAGGAAAUCCUCCAGCGCAGCCAGCCCCCAACUCUUGCUGUACUCCUGGGACUCCUCUGCUGAAGAUGUUGGGUGUCUCUCCUGAAGACAAACAGCAGGCAGCUCUUUUACGACCCACAGAAGUGUACUGGGACCUGGACAUCCAGACAAAUGCGGUGAUCAAGCAGAGGGCACCAUCUGAGGUGCUGAGCACCCACCCUGAGGUGGAGCUUCUCCGGUCCCAGCUGAUGCUGAAGCUGCGCCAGCAUUAUCGAGAGCUGUGCCAGCAACGGGAAGGGAUUGAUCCUCCACGAGAAUCCUUCAACCGCUGGAUGCUGGAGCGGAAGGUGGUGGACAAAGGGGCAGACCCUCUGUUGCCUAGCAACUGCGAGCCAGUUGUCUCUCCUUCCAUGUUCAGAGAAAUCAUGAAUGACAUUCCCAUCAGACUCUCCCGAAUCAAGUUCCGGGAAGAAGCCAAGCGGCUGCUGUUCAAAUACGCGGAGGCGGCAAAGAGGCUCAUCGAAUCCAGGAGUGCCUCUCCAGACAGCAGGAAGGUGGUGAAGUGGAAUGUGGAGGACACCUUCAGCUGGCUGCGGCGGGACCACUCGGCCUCCAAGGAAGACUACAUGGACCGCCUGGAGCACCUGCGCAAGCAGUGUGGUCCCCAUGUGUCUGCUGCAGCCAAGGACUCUGUGGAGGGCAUUUGCAGCAAGAUCUACCACAUCUCGCUCGAGUACGUCAAGCGCAUCCGUGAGAAGCACUUGGCCAUCCUGAAGGAGCACAACAUCUCUGCGGAGGUCGGCGCUCCAGAGGUCCAGGACCGGCUUGUCUACUGCUACCCAGCGAGGCUGGCCAUCGCUUCCCCGCCGCUGCCCAGCGUGGAGAUGCAUGUGGAGAACAACGGGGUGUGUGUGCGCUACAAGGGCGAGAUGGUGAAAGUCAGCCGCAGCUAUUUCAGCAAGCUGUGGUUGCUCUAUCGGUACAGCUGCAUUGAUGACUCUGGCUUUGAGCGGUUCUUGCCGAGGGUGUGGUGCCUUCUCCGCAGAUACCAGAUGAUGUCUGGUGUGGGGCUCUACGAAGGGACCGGCCUGCAGGGGGCGCUCCCGGUGCAUGUCUUCGAAGCCCUCCACAAGCACUUUGGGGUGAGCUUUGAGUGCUUUGCCUCCCCUCUGAACUGCUACUUCAAGCAGUACUGCUCGGCCUUCCUGGACACAGACGGCUAUUUUGGAUCGAGGGGUCCCUGCCUGGAUUUCUUCCCCAUCAGUGGUUCGUUUGAGGCAAACCCUCCAUUCUGUGAGGAGCUGAUGGACGCCAUGGUGUCCCACUUUGAGAAACUGCUGGAGACCUCCAGUGAGCCCCUCUCCUUCAUCGUCUUCAUCCCGGAGUGGCGGGAUCCUCCCACGCCAGCACUGACUCGCAUGGAGCAGAGCCGGUUCAAGCGGCACCAACUCAUCCUGCCCGCCUUUGACCACGAGUACCGCAGUGGCUCCCAACAUGUCUGCAAAAAAGAGGAGAUGUACUACAAAGCCGUGCACAACACUGCUGUCCUCUUCCUGCAAAACAACUCUGGCUUUGCCAAGUGGGAGCCCACCCCAGAGCGGCUGCAGGAGCUCGUCACAGCCUAUAAGCACUCGGGACGGACUUUUGCCACUGCCGCCGCCGCCGCCUCCUCCUCCUCCUCUUCUUCCUCCUCCUCCUCCUCUUCUUCCUCCUCCUCCUCGUCAUCUACUGUUCCAGACAAGGAUCGAGAGACAGUUCGGGAGCAGAGUACCAGCCGGGAGAUAACCCCUAACUAAUCAGCAGUGACCUGGCUGGACCGACAGACAGACAGUGAUGGGAGAGAACUCUGCUCCAAAGUGAGGGGACGAGGCUGGCCCCAAAGUGCUGGAGACUGGGGCUGACACUACAGCUGUGCACCCUUGACUCUCCUCUCCUCCAGUCCUGCAAACCCUUGACGGGGGGCAUCAUGCCCACCUGCCCUGGGCUGGCUGCUUUCUCCCGUGGGGCAUCAUGCACACCUCGGAGCUGCCUGCUGCCCCCUUCUGUGUUGCAGCUCCCGGGAGGAGCCGCCUAGAGCUGUGGGAGGGACAGCGGGGGAUGGGGGGGGCAAAGCAAUGGCCCGGUCUGGCAGUGGAAGCAGAGGGGCAGCAGCGGCAGCAGCAGCCUGUGCAGUGCAGGGGGGUGGCUCUGGCUCAGCGGUGUGUGUCCAGUGUAAAUCCCUGUGUCGGUGUCGCCAGAGGCUCCCCAGUGCCUCUUCCCUGUUGCUUUCCCUGGUGUGCCAGUUGCGUGUUCUCGCGGAAGCUGUUGGCUGUCAACCGCGGAGCAAAGGGACUCCUUUGGUGUGUGCCGAGGUCUUGGCUGCCGUUUUGUAGUCGUCACAGCUCCUGUCUGAAACGCCCAGAUUUCUUGGAGAUCUUUGGGUCUUGGUUUUUUGUUUUUGUUUUUUAAGGAUUUAAUUUAACAGUGCUAACCAUUUUAUUACUUUUAUCAAAAGAGCAAGGGGAAGUCUAUUUUUGAUUUUGUUUCCUGAUUCUUAGGAACAUUAAAAACACCAGCAUUACGGUG